AGGAACUCACCCGCUCGUCCAAUCAGAAGUUCACAAAUCUGGGACUUGUGUGAUUAGCUCGUCCGUUUACUGUACCGCUCAACAUUUCUUGUGGAAAUCUUGAGACAGGACAACAACCACACUGUAUAGAGAGAGGCUACAGUUUACAAACUUGACGGGUUGGGCCCCCCCUACCCUCAACACCCCACCAUGCCUCUGGUUACGAGGAACAUAGAGCCGCGGCACGUGUGUCGUCAGACCAUCCCUUCCAACAUCCGCAGUGAGCUGGAAUGUGUCACCAAUAUCAGCCUGGCCAACAUCAUCCGCCAGCUUGGCAGCCUGAGCAAAUAUGCAGAGGACGUGUUCGGGGAGCUGUUUGUCCAGGCUGGAGCAUUUGCAGUCAGAGUAAAUACACUGGGAGAAAGAGUGGAUCGUCUGCAGGUUAAAGUCACACAGCUGGAUCCCAAAGAAGAGGAGGUCUCCCUGCAAGCCAUCACUACCCGUAAGGCCUUCCGUAGCAGUCUGACUCAAGACCAGCAGCUGUUCACCAGGCCAUCUCUGCCAAUGCCUGUACAGGACACCUACAUCACUUGUAAUCCGCCCCCACCUCUCAACCAACUCAGCCAAUACCGGGAUGAUGGGAAGGAGGCCCUGAAGUUUUACACUGAUCCCUCUUACUUCUUUGACCUGUGGAAGGAAAAGAUGCUGCAGGACACCAAGGACAUCAUGAAGGAGAAACGCAAGCAUAGAAAGGAGAAGAAAGACCAUCUGAACCAGCGGACGCUCAAUCCUCGGAAGAUCAAGACCAGGAAGGAGGAAUGGGAACGCCGUAAGAUGGGGGCGGAGUUUGUGGUGCCAAAGAAUGAUUUGAUGAAUUCUUCUGAGGGUCUGAAUGGCAGUAUUGGAUCUGGAGAUGGCUUCACUUCCGAAGGCCUUGAGCAGAGUACAGGCUCCUAUGCUUAUGAACCCGGCUCCCCUCUUUCUCCGCCUGACAAUGACUUCUUGCCUCCUCCACCUCCUGACAUGUCGUAUAAUGACGGACAGUACGGAGCACCAGCCCCCAAGCGAGUCAGCGUGCUGAGUCCAAGCCACCCACCUCCCGCACCCCCCAUAGCCUCUCCUCCGCCCAACUCUCGCCCCAACCUCUCCCCUCCUCCUGCACCUCCACCCCCUCCUCCACCCUCUGGCUUUGGGGUCCCUCCACCUCCCCCUGGCUUCGACAGCCCACCUUCCCCUCCUCCGUUCUCCACCGCUCCCUCCGCUUAUCCCUCCCCACCUGCUCCCCCUCCUCCACCCGAUAUGGCCUCUGUUCCUCCUCCUCCACCGCCUAUGCCUGCAGGUGGUGGUCCACCACCUCCUCCUCCUCCUCCACCUCCCCCUGGCCCUCCUCCUCCCCCAUCUCUUAUCAACUCUGCUCCUCCUCCUCCCUCUGGUGGCGGGGCACCCAGCUCCGCUCCCAAACCUCAGCCAGAGCCGGCUGGUGACGCUCGCAGUGACCUGCUGCAGGCCAUCCGACAAGGUUUCAACCUGCGUAAGGUGGAGGCACAGCGUGAGCAGGAGAAGAAGGACAACUUUGGCAACGAUGUGGCCGCCAUCCUGUCCCGUCGUAUCGCUGUAGAGUGCAGUGACAGCGAGGACGACUCUUCAGAGUUUGACGAUGACGAGUGGUCCGAAUGAUAGCCAUUUGUUUUCACGCUCACUACCAACUUUGUAUCUUUCCUCAGCUGUAAACGACAUCAGAGCAUUUCCAUUCAGAUUACAUUCUUAAGAACCAGUGAAGCAGGGGUCCACGUUCUGUGUCUGUACGUGCGAGUGAGCUAUUACGAAUCACAUUCCUUGACCUAUUUCUGUCUAUUUAUCCAAAAUUAUUCCUAACAGAGGUGCAAAAGUCCAAAGAUCGAGUAAGAGUGUGAGUGUGCUUUGUUGUCACUACUUGUGGCAUUACUUUCACUGGAUGACACAGUGUGUUAUUGAUGUAAGGGUGUUGUGUGAUGUGGUGCACGUCUCAUCUGUUUCUGUGCGUAAACACAUCACCUCUGUCUUAAUCUUAGUGUCUAUUAGACUCAGAUGCCCUUUGCUGCUGGCCAAAUGUCUGAUUUUAUCUGAUUUAGUGUAUUAUGGCAAAGGGUAAUGGAGAGUGAGUGUACACACACACACACACACACACAAGCACUCAGCCACUUGUAUCCACAGUAUUUGUAUGUAAUCAUUGGACAGAAAAAAUAUGUUGACGUCAAAACAUUCUCGCUCAUUUUAAGAUCAUAUGAUAUAGAUGUAAAGUUUGUUACAUAUUGAAUCAUAUCUACUGAAGAUAAUUAUUGCAGUCCUGUUUAAAGUACAGUUUAUAUUUCCUUUCCUCACUUUUGUGGUUGUCAUGGGAACAAUUGAUUUGUGGAUGAGACAUGGUUGUAGCUUCUAAACAAAUUCAUGAAUGAAUUAUUCAGUGUGUCGGGGGAUGUAUUGACUCAUGGCAGACACCUGUGGUGUUUGAUGAUAUCACAUACACAACAUAUGCAGACAUUUAACACAAUUAUCGUGACUCAUUUUGUACUGUGUUUCAGCUCUGUUGCAUAUUUCUUCCUGCAGUUUUUAUUUUGAUCUUUUCUGGGGAUGAACUAGGCUCCAAUGCUUUAAUCACUGUGUAUAAUCAGGCAGCCUUUUGCCUUAUCCUGCUGCCCGAUAAGUGCCUUUUUUUAAUACUGCAUUUAAGUAUCAGUGCAGGUUUAUUUUGGGUAUCCCCACUGAUCACUGAUCAGCUUCUUCCAAAAAUAUUAAAAGCUGCCAUUGAUGAGUCAAACUUAAAACUGAUGGAUGUGUUUUUAGUGUGGAUUUUUUCAAGUGCCUUUUUUUAUUUUUGUCCUAAAGCACAAUUGCUAUCACAGUAUGUUUAGCCAAAGUUCUGCUUCCUCUCUGCCUUAAUUUUCCAAAUGAUAAUAGUUAUUUCAAUAAAAAAUAGAGUGAAUUAUA